CAAUAUAUCAUAUAUAAAUAGAUACCAAAGGAAAAAGAAAAAGAGUAUAGUCCAUAAAACUUGAACAUAACAAGUAUAGAGCUGUCUCCAGAAACCAAAGAACGUAGAAUUUCAGACAUCACAAAAUGAGCUGGUGGUGGGCAGGAGCCAUAGGAGCUGCAAAGAAAAAGUUUGGUCCAGACGAUGAACCGCCCAAGUACCAGAGCGUGGCACUAGUACUUGGUGUCACCGGAAUCGUCGGAAACAGCCUUGCCGAGAUUCUUCCGCUGCCUGACACUCCCGGCGGGCCGUGGAAGGUCUACGGCGUGGCAAGGCGCCCCCAGCCGCAGUGGAACGCUGACCAUCAUAUUCAGUACAUCCAGUGUGACCUCUCUGACUCUGAACAGACAGAGACAGAGCUCUCCCAGCUCACUGAUGUCACUCACAUUUUCUAUGUGACAUGGGCGAGCAAACCAUCUGAAGCUGAGAACUGUGAAGCCAACGGAAAGAUGUUGAGUAAUGUCUUGAAUGCUGUGAUCCCAAACGCGCCGAAUUUGCAGCACAUAUGUAUGCAGACAGGUCGGAAGCAAUACGUAGGUCCGUUUGAGAUGUUUGGGAAAAUCGAACCGCAUGAGCCACCAUAUGUCGAAGACACGUCGAGGCUUGAUUGCCCGAAUUUCUACUAUGUGAUGGAGGAUAUUCUGUUUGAGGAGGUGAAGAAGAAGGAGGGGCUGACAUGGUCUGUGCAUAGGCCGGGAAUCAUAUUCGGGUUUUCGCCUUAUAGCUUGAUAAAUACGAUUGGGAGUUUGUGUGUUUACGCUGCGAUUUGUAAGCAUGAAGGGCAGCCGUUGAGGUUUCCGGGGAGUAAAGGAACUUGGGAGGGGUUCUGGGAUGCUUCUGAUGCAGAUAUGAUUGCUGAACAUGAGAUAUGGGCAGCUGUGGAGCCUUAUGCCAAGAAUGAAGCUUUCAAUUGCAGCAAUGGGGAUGUGUUCAGGUGGAAGCAUUUGUGGGGGAUUUUGGCUGAUCAGUUCGAGGUCGAGUCUGGUGGAGUUGAUGAGGAGUUGAGGGUAGAGGAGAUGAUGAAAGAUAAAGGGCCAGUGUGGGAUGAGAUUGUGAGAAAGCAUGAUUUGGUGCCUUCCAAAUUGGAAGAAGUUGGGAACUGGUGGCUGGUGGAUAUUAUAUUUCGGAUUGGGGUUGAUUCGAGUAUGGACAGUAUGAAUAAGAGCAGAGAGCAUGGUUUUGUUGGCUUUAGGAACUCGAAAACUUCCUUCCUUUCUUGGAUUGACAAGAUGAAGUCUUACAGAAUUGUUCCUUGAUGUGGUUGUGGCCAAGCUUUCAUCCUUUAUUUUUUCCUUGUUUCUUUUCUUUUGCUGUUGCUGCUGUUCUAAUUGUUUGCUUGUAGUAGUAAUUACAGACCUUGUUGUUAAGGAUUUAAAUAAAAUUACAUUUGUUUGUGCU